GAUUUUUGUUGAACUCUUUUCUCGCUUUGUGCCGGCUGCUGGUACUUCCAGCGGCAUGAUUGAUAAACAUUGCUCGAUUAUGAUUAUUAGGCGGAGCUCGGUUUAUACCUUUGUAUCAGACCCAUUUAAUAUAACGAUCAGUUGUAUAAAGCUUCGUGUGAAAAGCUUCACAGAAUUUUGUCAGAUUCGUGGAUGAUAUAAAGAGAUAAUUCUUGUUAUGGAUACUAGUAUACUGAGAAAUGACAUGACUACAAUGUGGUUUGUGCGGCUGACGUGUUUAGAUGUGUACGACUAUAAUGGAUACCUGCAAUAUUAAUGUUGGCGAAACGUUUUCUCCGAGGUAGAGAUCAAUUCGACGUUGGAUCAUGGGUCCAUGAUUGGAUUAAAGGAACCCUCUUAAAUCUUUGAUCGACUGAGAUAUGUUGUUGUUCACUGGAGACAAGUGCAAAUCUACAUCGAUGAUAAUGCAAUGUCUAUCAGUUCCAGUUAUAUGUGCCAUUCUUCGCUCGUGAAGGGGUUUAAUCAUGGAAUGUAAACAACAGAAAAUAUUGCACUGUUUUACGCCGCCUCAAUUUGUCAAGUGAAUGAAUAGACCUCAAAGGGAGUUUAAUACACAUUAUUAAAAGAACUGGAAACAAUUAUGAACUUGAUCAUCAAUUGAUUUGUAGAGGGCUGUCAUAUUUCUUCAUUUUUCCUGAGGAAGAGGCCUCUAAAUAAGUCUUUGGAGUAAAAAGCAGUAUAAAGCAGGGAAAAGCAGACAACUGGCAAAUAUGACAUUCAAGAAAUUUUAUCGGCAGAAGCUAUUUGAGGCCGUCGAGUCGAUGGAUCUCUUGCUCGUAAAGACGUUCCUCUCUAGACCAGAUGAUUUGGGAUUGGACUGGAACUACAGAGACAAGAACGGUCGGUCCGUCUAUGCACACGCCAUCAAGAUUGGUAUAACUCAAAUGGUAGCGACGUUUAUCAACCAUGAAAUCCCGCUUGGCGAUGCUUUACUAAGGGCAGCUGAUUUCUGUAUGGUUGACAUAGUAUGUUACAUCUGUGCAUAUGCUGAAACGUUGGGCAAGAACCAGCGGAAUGCCAUCAUCGAUUGUCAUUGUGAAAAUGAUGAUUACCACAAGUUUACCACCCCUCUUAUGGCUGCAGCACACAAGAAUAACUUCUCAGUUGUAAAGAUUUUACUCGACGCUGGGGCUGUUUUAAAGGAGCCUAGGAUAAAGCAUAUACAACCAGACCUCACAGGUACCGCCAUUGUUCUCAUGACCUACCGAGCUAUAGCAACUGAAGCUUACCUGGUGCAGGCGUUCAGCGACCCACUCGAUGUCGCCUUCGGGCUAGGUCGACGACUACGCGAGCUCGCCGGUCGAUGGGAGGAUGCGAGCGAGCAAGUGCUGAAAAUAGUGGACCGCGUGGAGCAAUUCGCUGCUGAUUUUGUGGGCCAGGCGAAUUAUUCGAGCGAGGUAAGAUCUAUCUUGAAGUUUACACGAAGUGAGAGCAAGCAUCCCGUUGCUAAGGUCAGAGCAGCCAUGAAGGCCUACCAGAAACCGUUCGUCAUACACCCUUUCACGCAGAGCGUCCUUAGCGACAGCUACUACGACGAAAUGAAGGGAAAGAGCGCCACCUUUUCUUUCAUCAUCGCUUUACUCGCGAUCGUCUGCUAUCCAUUUCUAUCUUUCGCCUUUUUACUUUACCCUACUGAAAUUCUACAAAGAUUUUUGAAAAUACCGAAUAUCAAGCUCUACAUGAACAUGGGCUCGGAUUUAACACUGAUGUCAUGUGUGAUAGCGCUGGUGCUGUGUGACUAUUCAACACAUCCCAUCAUAACAUUGUUUCUCGAGAUCACGAUCUUCAUCUUCUGUAUAGGAAUAUCUGGCAAACACGCGAAAUUCAUCUAUAAACAAGGUCUGGAAAAAUUCUGCUCCUACCCUCUCUCAAUUCUGGACAGUUUAAUGGUGAAGAUCUGCUACACAACACUCUAUGUGGCCUGGAUUGGGAGACUCAUCGACAUGUAUGACCAGCGAAUUAUGCAAAGGUACGUGAACCCAUUCCAAGAGGCUCAACCCGUCAUGGCACCAUCAACAGUGAACAAUUCGAACAUGAGAAACUUCGACGCAGAGUCCAACAUCGCUUUAAGUGACGUCACACCUACUUGGCUCUUUGCAUCGUGGAACGAACCGCGAGUAGUUUCGCAUACUCUCUACAGCGUCGUCGCGCUCGUCUGCGUGGUGCGAACAUUUUACGUUCUCAGCGUCAACCAUGUCGGUAUCUUCGUCGUCGCCAAGUCGGUGAUCGGCAUGGGCGCCGAUGUCCUGCGCGUCGGAGUAUUCUUCGUCUGUGUCAAUGUAGCCUUUGGAGUUGGAAUGACACAGGCUUCCAGGUAUCGUCUGCAUACUGCACGCGCUGAAUGCGCCGUAGAAGGAAGCCUGCCGAGCGAUUGCCCCAAAACACCAUUUCAUAGUAUUCCACAGUCCUUAUUGAACCUCUACUGGGUUCUCUACAACAUAUUCAAGAAUCCUGAUGCGGGCACCAGCUUGCGACCUGGCGAUUCCUACACCCUCUUCCUUCCCGCCUUCAUUCUGAUGGCGUACACCUUCAUCGCGGUCAUUGUCCUCCUCAAUCUCCUCAUCGCAGUAAUGACGUCACGAUAUUCCAAAGUGGAGCAAAAUGCUGAUCGUGAGUGGUUGUUCUUUCGUACUCAACUUUGGAUGAGUUUUAUCUCCGAUGAUAUCACGUUGCCACCUCCAUUUAACAUACUGCCCUCUGUCGACAAAGUCUGGAGAACAAUACAAGCCUGUUGCUGUCCAGCUCGCGGUAAAAAAAUUAAAGAAAAGACGAAGUCUCACAAGAAACAGGCCUUAAAGUCAGCUGUGCAGGAGUAUAUCUAUUCUCAGAAAAUGAUGAGAGCACUGAGAGAUCGUUUUGUGAAGAGUCGGGAGAAUAGUCUCCAGCAGAAGUCGGAAGUCGGAGGAAAACGACCCCUUCUUGGUCUUGGACGAACCGAUCUUCUAGCCUUCCGGAACGAGUGGGCUGACCUGAGGCAACAGGUAUCUGUAGCGGAACGCGAUCUCCAAACUAUGCUACAACAGUCAACGCAAUUGAUAGCAGCAUUAAAGGAGAAAAUCGAACUCAUCACCCACGUCGAAAGGAGACAUGUUUCCAGCUCGUUCGACAUCGACGGCAUUUACGAUUCCUUCCCGGUGAUCGAAAACUCACUCAAACAAGUCGAAAACCUGAUGGAAUCCUUGCGCACUCUCCCAGCCAAAGAGCUACUGAAGCCAGUCAAGGAAAGUCCUGUGGAGGUGGAGGUGGAGGUGGAGGAGGAGGAGGAGGAGGAGAAAACGGAAGAAGAAAUCAAAGUCGAGACCAAAAAAGAAAUAGUGAAGGCGAUGGCGAGGGCAUACGAGCUCGGUCGACGACCGGAAGACGACGAGGAGCUAAUGGAGAAACUUCGGCAGUAUCGAAAACGUUUCGAGACGAGCUAAAAUAACUUGAAAUUUAGUUGCAUAUCGCAUUGAGGUUUAAUAAACCAAUGGGUUGGUCUGCGGACUUCGAAUUCAAGUACCAGGUGCGAUUUUUUAUCUCAAAAACUCUUGGACUUGUAUUUUUGUCAGAGUCUUGUCUCAAUUUUUAAUUAAAAUAACCUCUGAAACAUCGUUCUAGGCGAGACUAGAUCCUGCGCCCGUGAACUCGACUGCAAGAUCCCUCGACUCCAGGUCUCUCGGAGAGGACCUUAAGCCGUCGGUCCUUUGGUUGGUUGCUUGCUUACAAGCAUUCAUGCUUUCCUAGCAUCAGGUAAAAAAAUCUCCACCAAAUCUCCAAAGAUUGGUUACUGAUUGAGCCACACUAAUCAUGCUAAUCGAGCUGAUCUAUGGGUCGAAAAUUACAAUAUAUCCUACCGUUUCGUGUUCCAUAAAUAUUCAUGAGAAGUAGUCUUACCUGUCAUUCUUAGUGCUCUCUCGCGUCGGGUAUGCAAAUACGGACGAAUUAAAAAAAGAAAAUCGCGUCUGGGGUUCCAAUUAUCGUAUAUGAAGAUAUGAAGGUACAGUUUGGCCAUUCAUAGCAUAUGUGAAACGGGUUAUCCCUACAAUAUAUGUUAUAUAUUUUGUAUUACAUUAGUUGUUAUGUUGUAAUCGUUUGAUCAUUAAAUCUAUAUUUUGUUUAUAUUUACGUAUUUUUAAUCGUGAAUAAUACCAAACCAAAGUACAUCCCGCCGCAGUACUCACCUCAUGUGGCAAGGCGUUUAUAUAUAUUUGCCAUUCUCCAUCCGGUAGCGGUAGGAAGGAAUUAAUCGAGUGUUCGAACACUAAACUAGUGGGAAAUCAGUUAUGUGUCCAAACGAAACUUACAAUAUUGGUGUGUAGAGGCAUCAGGGAGAGGCUUAGAUAAAAUACAGGUUUCAUUCUUUAAUCAUAUAUAUAGUAUUAAAAAAAAUGUAUUAUGAAUAUUCUUUGUAUUUUUUUAUAUUUAACUUCCGUACCUGUAAAUUCACCUGAAGUAACGACGUUGAGCAUGUUGAGGUAAAAGUAAUGUAUUUAAAUAUGAUGUAUAAGAUAUCUUAUAAGUCAAUCCCCUAGGCCUUUUUAACGUUUAAGACUACUAUCAUUCAUUAGAUACCAUACAAGAUAAUUCAACCCAAAUGAAUUAAUGUGCCAUAUAACGUGAGAAAAUGUUUUUGAUGAACAAACUGGUGCCAAGCAAACUGCCAUGAGACACACCAAAAUAAACAUCUUGCAUAUUGGAAAACAUGGUACGUAUUCAUCAUUAUUAAUAAUUUAGAUAAAUUAAUGAAUGUGCUCUUUGCAGAAAAUACAGAAUAACAAUCAUGUUGAUCGCGAAUUCAUCUCACUAGAAUGUACUUUAAUAAAUUAUCAAUUGUUGCAUUGAUCAUGUUAUUCAAUGUGCUAACACAGGGGAAAAACAUAAUCUUUGGAAUACUUACCGCACUUUUACUUCAAGCUUUCGAAGACAAUCUGUUAUUUACAAUGUAAGAAGAUAAAAGAGAAAAUAGAUGAAUAAAAGGAAAGAAACCACACAAAAAAAGAAUAGUGCAAAAAAGGAGCCCUGGAUAUUUCAACUCUACAAUACCCCUACAAUUCAAUGGAGAUGAGAUAUUACGUCAAAUUUCCCUUUAUCAAAGUAUCCUGGUGCUGCCCCCCCCCCCCCUUGGUCUCCAAUUUGGUGAAACAACUUUUGCUCCGGGCUUUAAUUCGUCUAAGAUAUAGGGUUAGGAUUAGGAUAGGGUAUAAAGUUAAAUCCAGGUUUGAAGUUGGUCAUUCCAUUAGUGUGUGAAAUUUACAGCGGAGCAAUUGUCGCCGGAGAAAAUGUCAUAGAACCCUCUGAUUUUGCUUCGAUUUGCAAUCUUAUAAAAUACUCACACUCUUCAGUACACAAGGACCUCCAUCCUCACAGUUUCUCUGAUUGAAUCCCUUUUUAGUCUGGACAAUAUAUUAUAUUGUCCAGAAUAAGAAGUUGAAUACGUUGAAUAAAUGCAAUUAAGACUUGUCAAAAAAUGUCCACGAGCUUUAAAUUACUUUGAAUGUAUACCACCUGAUGUUAAUUAACAUGCCGCGAUGGGUCUUCUACUCUUUUCAAUUUAUUUCCUCAUUUCAUUCACAAUUCUUUAUUCGCUCAGCCUAAUUAAUUCAUAGGCGUUAAAACAUCAAUAUUGUCAAUUAGUGAGGAUGCGUGCACCAGUUGACUGUUUCGCUUACAAUUUGAACAUUUGGCUAAAAUACCGCUUUAGAUUAUGUUUCGAACUUUCCGCUUUCCCUUCAUCAUCGGUGAGGGGGGGGGGGGGUCACAACGGUUACGUCUUUCUUGAUUCUUGAUAUCACACUUGAUAUCACAUUCUUUUGCCACAUGUAACUCUACCACUGAUCAUAACACUGAUCAGUGAAAAAGAAGAGUUAGAUAGAGAGAGAGAGAGACGAAGGUUAAAUAAAAGUAAAGAUGAUGAAAAUGAAAAACUAUGAUGAAGGUGAUUAAAAAGUAGAAGGGGGGGGGAUGAAGAAACAGAUUUUAGUUGUUAUUGAAAUAGAUGACCACCAUUACGGAAUACAUUCUUUGAUAAUCUUCCCUCACACAUAUUUAACUAUUUUUCUUAUAUAACGCAUAAAGUACAACCGAAUCAUUAAAGAGAAGAGAAUGAUAUAUGCAACGUUUUAAAUCAUUUAUUUGAUUAAUUCAUAACGCUAUCUAUACGUACUCAGGAACAGAAUAGAAUUAUCACAUGCUAUAUAUUAAAGAGUAUU